AUGUCGACAAGCCUCAUCUCUAGAAGCGUCGUCUUUUCUCCGCAAUCAAUCUGCUUGAUGGCGAGCAAGAUGCCCAAGUUGAGAAAGGUGACUUGGGAGCUCAGCGAUGCAGAGAAACUAGAGACGGCUGUCAGAAUACAGCAAAGAAACGGUCUUGCCAGCACGCUCAAAAGAUUACCAACGUCCCUCGAAAUGUUUCAUCUCACCUAUGUUCGAGAACUACCAAGCAACCACUCUUUUCAACCUCCCAGUAUUAUCCCGCCCGACUCUCAACAAGACCCUUUAAGCGAAGCUCUCUGCAAAUUUACGCAAAGGAUAGGGCUCAAAGACUUUACAUUUUCCGGUAGUGUUGAUCACACUAUAUUCUGGCCUUCAUCAGAGAGCUCAGAUGAGCAGCCCUACUGGCCAAGUCUCAAGUCUAUAGACGUCUACCCGCAUGAGGUCCUCCCCUCAGGGGAGUGGCUUACCAUGCAGAGACCUGGCAGUCGCCUUCCUCCGAGCGUGAUGAUACACCUCGCGGCUGACAUCCCAGGCGAGGGGCUCGAACGUCGGUUCCGGGACUAUCCCGUCUAUUCACUCAUGGAUCCCUUCUUCUGCAACAUGGGGAAAUGCGUAGCCCGCAUGCCAAGGGUGGAGUACUGCUCCAUCAGUUUCAGCGAUGCAUGGCUCUCAAACCUCCAUUUCUGUACGGAAUUUCCCGAGAUUCCUUGUCUGGUACUGGCUGGUAAGCCAGAGCCUGAAGUGAGCAAGGAGACGUCAGAUAUCUGGCGUGAGGCUGUCAAAGUGCACAACAAUGACUUUCGGCUACAGUUUAAUGCAGACGAUCCAUUUUCCUUGAAUCAUUUCUCGGUGGAAUAG